AUGUUCACUUCCCUCCCUUGGGCUGAAGAGCUCGUAUUUUUAACUGCGGGUGCGCCUCAGCUGUGGCAGCCAGUGGGAAGGACGGAAGGGUAUCGGGGUCAGGCUGCACCCCGUGACCACGCAAGCCCUAUCCCUGAGAUUGCUUUAGUCUUGGCGACUCUCUUCCGCUCCGCGAUCAAACGGCGAACGGCCAAGGAACGGCAGAAUAGCGGCCUGGCCCCGGUAACUGGUUGGGCACAGAUUUUCGAACCUGAUUUCCAGAAAGGCCUAUACCGGAAUCAUAUGUUAGAACCUGGGAACCACUGGGGUAUCCGUACGAAGGAUCGCUAUGUUAACGCCAAAAAAGCUGAAAAAAGUGUAAAAAGACAACAACAUGGGAAUUCCGCUGGCAGGCCGCAGGUCACCUGCGCGAACCGUUCCAAUAUGACCACAGAUUAG